AUGUACAAGGCCGUCAUCCUGUCGACACUACUGUAUGGAGCGGAGAUUUGGACGGUGUACGCAAAGCAGACACGUCGUCUGAACCACUUCCACCUCAGUUGUCUUCGUCGUAUCCUGAGGCUGAACUGGCAGGAUCGCAUCCCCGACACGGAUGUGCUGGAACGGACGGGUAUCCUCAGCAUCUACGCCAAACUGAGGCACAUGCAGCUGCGCCGGAGCGGCCACCUGGUGCGCAUGGACGACGAGCGACUACCCAAACGACUCUUCUAA